AUGGAGCUCGAAGACUUUGAUGAAGAUGGUGAAUUCCGCACAUCCCAUCGACCCUCGCGAUCUCCGCUGGUGACCCCACAAAUGCAAAGUCGAAGUUCGUCAAGGAGGGGGAACACCGGCAACUUUGGCCUCGCCAACGAGGCUGCGGCUGAUGCGGCCGUGGGUCUCGCAGCGGAGCUCCAGCGCCUCGACGUGCAGGGCCCUCCACAACGGCAGUCCGCCGACGGCUUCGGACUUGAAGCGGACGCGGUCCGUUCCCAGCCAUCAGCCGGCCGCAUAGCACCCUUAGGCCCACCGCUGCCCUCACGGACACUUAGCCGCUCAGGCGCACCCCUCGCACCCCUGGGCAGCAGCGGCAGUCUGGGGCCGCCUCGCACAGGUCCAGGCCUAUCCCCCCUUCGCUCGCAACGUACCCUUCAAGACCCGGGCGCAUUUGGGCUAGCGGCCGAGGCCGCCGAGCGAGAUAUUACGGAUCCAGCUGAUCCGAUACCGGGGCCCACCGGUCUGGGCCUGCCGGCAAGCCGGCCGCCGCCGCAGUCCGCGUUUGGGCUCUCCAGCGAGGUCGAGCUUCGCAGCGCGCUGCCGCCGUCGCGUCAGCAGCCCCUCCCGCCUUCACCGCUUCGACCGUCGCCGUUGCCGUCGCCGUCACCAUCUCAGCGGCGGUAUAUGGAGGGCGAGUACGGCUUGGAACGCGACGUUCAGGACGCCGUGUCGCGGCCGCCAUCGCGGCGGCCGUCUGGUGGAUAUGGCCUCGCCGGGGAAGUGGCAAGCGCUGCCGGGGAGCUGGCGACAAGGGGGCCGUCGCCACCGCCACUGCCAUUGCCGCCACUGCCGCCACCACCACUACCACCACCUCAACAAGGACGCUACGGGUUGGAGGAGGAAGUUGAAGCCGCGGAACUCUGGUCUCGUCCUCUGGACGGCACGGUGUCCCUGGAGCAGCUGUCCCAGCAACUUGCUGCAGUACCGGACGAGCAGCGCUGGCUCCAUUUGGAGGCUCGUCAGGCUGAACGAAUAAUGAUGGACCUGGCUAAGCAGGGCACCGUGCCCAAGGUGGUCGACCUGAAGGAUGUUCGCCACAAGUUGAUCGAGGCCAGCAACCCGCCGCGCCUGGCCUACCUGGCCGCCUUGGAGCGAGCCGCAGCUGACAAGCGGUUGCCGCCCAACUGCCGACCAUCCCUGCUACAAGCCAAACUAAAGAGCGGCCAGAACCGGUUACGCAAGCUGCUGGACCCGGUACUGGACCCGGGCGGUCAGGGCUUUGUGGACUUCAACUACCGGCCCGACGGGGCGCUACUGCCAGAGAACAGCCGCGUGUGGCAGUUCGGGUUGUCGCUGGUGCAGGCGGACGGGGUGGGCAAGACGGGCCUCCAGCGCUCGCGGCUGCCAUGCCUCUUCAUCGCCCGAUUGGCGCUGUUCGACCGCCGCGCUAAUCGCUUCCUGGGCAACGUGCUGGGUCUGCGACCCGAGGCCGUGUCACAGUACGACAAGCGCUGGGAGUUUAACCCAGAGGAACGGGUUAUCGUGCGGUGCGGCUGCGUGCAGUCCGACCCGCAAGCGGGAACGCGGCUGGUGACGGAGGACGCACUGUCCGUGUUCGUGGAGUUCAGCAUCUCGUACAGGCUUUCCGUACCAGACACCAUCAACAUGCCGCAGAACGAACAGAAGUGUUCCCAACUCCUGGAUGAGAUCACCACGUGCUGGGCCAUGAUCAGCUUCAAAAAGUGCACCUCUCUGACCCGGGAGGUGGAGAUCUCCGUACCGCUGUACUACGGGUCCAUAUACGACCCCAAGCCGAUGGCGGCAUUCUACGCAGAGAAGCGCAGCAAGUCCUCCUUCUGGAGCACCGCCCUCAAGCCCCGGGAGAGCCCCGUACUGCAGUUCCGAGUGGGGCCGCUAAACACGGGGAAGCCGCCACUGGUGCCGCACGCCUACAUGCCGCCCACCAUGCUGGCGACCCACGACCUGGGCACUGCCCUCGCCGCCUACCGCAUGAGCCUGUCACUGACGUUGGCGCGGCAGGGCGGCCCCUUCGUGUCCGCCGCCGACCCUGUGCUGGCUGGCUUCCCCCCGCUGCUGUCCGACCACCACCUGCUGGCGGAGUUCCUGACCCGGUGGCGGGACCUCACACACAAGAUGACGGCCGUGCUGGACGCGGAUGGUCACCGUCUGAGGCUGGUUCAGCACUAUUGUCACGUGGUGGACACCCGCACCAACAAGAUCAUCGGCGCACGUAACCCCGUGGAACCCCUCAGUCACGCCGGUUUCGAGUUCCUGCACGCGCCCUUCGACGUGUCCGAGAUCCGCGUGUGCAUGGCGGACCGAGUGGAGCGACCCGAGCCCUUCUACCGCCACUAG